GAUAUAGGAUGUCUUUGAAUGAGGGAACAACGCUGUAUAGCGGACAAGGUGUGGAGGGGAGAAGAGGAGGAAUUCUGGCAAGUGCUGCAAUAGAAGCUUGAAACUCAACUCUUGGCAUCGUGGCAGAUCAAACUGCAAGGUGAAUUCUUAGUGAUCAGUUACUGGGUAAAAUAGCACGUCUGGCAGUGCUCUGUGCUGGAAAAAAAUAAUCAGCCCAGGGACUGUCAUGGCCUGAUGGAAGGGCUCCGGUGGCUAUUGGCAGAUGUCAAGGCGCUGUAGAUGGUAGUAGACAGACAAUCGAUAGUACAAGUCACAUUUUCUUCACUUCUGGAAUUUUAUGCGAGAACUUUGGUCAACGACAAGCGGCAGAAGCAGCUAUUAAAUAUUGCACGGGUGGAUGGGACGAACUUGCCUGCCUCGAUGCACCUGGCAGUCAAUCACUAUCAAUGACUGCAUAUGAAAGUUCUUGGACUCAAGGAUAGAGAAAGUUACAGAAAAAAAAGGAAGUUCGGCUGGUUUGUGUCUACGAUUCAAUGCAGUGGCAGCGUUGUGAAGUUGCAGCCUAUCAGUCAUUGACUUGUCUAGUGUAUGUCUCUUCUAAAGAUCAAGCACCUAUUCGAGCUUCUCAAAAAUCGUCUAGUAAACAAUGCUCAAACUUCAAGUCGUAUCCAUAGAAACAUACGGGUAUACGGGGCUACUUUAUAUACGAAUUAAUGGUGGAAAGCCUAAUACAAAGGGGGCUUGUUUCUCUACUCUUACAGCCUCCCUUGUUUUAAUGUUCAGCAUUCAUCUACAAACUUCACAAGCUUCAGCUAUUGUUGGGCGCUUCAUGGCUCAGUUUGUGUCUAGAACACUCUGGCUAUGCAAAGCACAGGCGCAGUCCCAAUUUUAGCCCGAUCUUGG